UCAGGUUCAGGCGGGUAUGGGGGUAGCAGCUAUGGAGGUAGCUCAGGUGGUGGCUUUGGAAGUGGUUUUGCUGCCAGCAGCUAUGGUGGAGGAUCCAGUGGUGGGUAUUCCUUAUUCUCUACAGCUGUUAUUGGUAGAGGUGGUUUUAGUGGCUUUGAUGGCUCUGCUGGAAAUGAGAAGCAGACAAUGCAAAACCUCAAUGAACGUCUAGCCUCUUACCUGGAAAAAGUGAGAGAACUGGAGGCUUCAAAUACUGACCUGGAGAUUAAGAUCAAAGAAUGGUAUGAAAAAAAAACUAGGGAUGAAGAAUUUACAAUAGCCAAAGAUUACAGCAAAUACUAUGAGAUCAUCAAUGACUUCAGACACAAGAUCCUGACUGCCACUAUUGAAAACUCUGGAGUUGUUCUGCAAAUUGACAAUGCCAGACUGGCUGCUGAUGACUUCCGACUGAAGUAUGAGAAUGAGCUGGCUCUCCGCCAGAGCGUGGAGUCUGACAGCAAUGGCCUCCGCAGAGUCCUUGAUGAACUGACCCUGUCUAGAGCAGACCUGGAGCUCCAGAUUGAGAGCUUGUCUGAAGAGCUAGUCUACAUGAAGAAGAACCACAAGGAGGAGGUAGACAGUGCAAAGAAAAGUGCUGGUGGCAAAAUUGAUGUAGGUUUGGAAGCUCCCCCAGGUGUCGAUCUCACAAAGCUUCUGAAUGACAUGAGAGCAGAUUAUGAAGCAUUGGCUGAGAAGAACCGUAGAGAAGCAGAGGCAUGGUUCGCCAAAGUAAGUGCUGAGAUACAGAAUCAGCUCAAGGUGUAUGAGAUAGAAAAGGAUAAAUACAGCAACGAAAUCUCUGACCUCAGACGCACCCUCCAAAGUUUAGAGAUUGAUCUCCAAUCACAACUAGCAAUGAAAAAAUCCCUUGAAGAAACACUGGGUGAGACAGAAGGCCGCUAUGGACAACAACUUCAGCAGUUACAGAAUCACAUCAGCGGGCUAGAGGAACAGCUCAUACAGAUCAGAUCAGAUACAGAACGCCAGAGCCAGGAAUACAGAGAGCUUCUUGAUAUCAAGACCAGACUAGAGCAGGAGAUUGAAACAUAUCGUAUCCUGUUGGAGGGUUAUUUAAAUACAAGUGUAGCCGUCGAGACAUCUUCAUCUUCAUCAUCCACACAGAUAACCCAAUCACAGAUAUCUUCUGCAGACUCUAAAAAAGAUCCAAACAGAACCAGAAAAGUUAAGACCAUUGUUGAAGAAGUUGUGGAUGGAAAGGUUGUCUCAUCAAGGGUUGAAGAGACUGAAGAAAAGGUCAACUAA